AUGGUGAAGAUUGGUAAGAAACUUAAAGGGUUCGAUGAGGGAAUGCACAGAGUGGACACAUAUAUUGGUGAAGAAUCAGAUGGAGUGGAAAAAAAUAAAAUAAAAAACAAAUCAGAAAAAGGAAUAGACCAAGGGCUCAUCAUAACCCCUCACCUUCAGAAAAAUAUUGGCUAUAAUUCGGACAUAGAAUCGAUAGAAGAAGAGAAGAACCAUCCUUUCCUCCUCCUCCAUGAAGUAAUAGAAAAUGAUAGAGACAAAAAUGCACACCAAGAAGACAUAAAUUUUUAUGUCGAACGCAAUUGUGCUUCUACCCUUUUAACAUUCCUUUUAUACAAAAUUUUAAUAACAAAACCGAAUAAUAUUAUCGAAUUUAUUGUGAAUGAACUAGGCAUUCUUUUCAAUUACCACAUAGGAGAAGGGGAAAAGAUGAAAAAAAAAAAAAAAAAAGACAUUUUUACUGGAAUAUGCUCUUCUAAUAUGGAGGAACCAUGCAAAGAAAAUGAAACGGAUACCAAAUUAAAUACUUUAAAUGAAAACGAUUUCUCCUCCAUAGUAUAUAAACCACUGAACUUAAUAAACCAUGCAACAUUUUUAGGGAAUAAUUUCCUCACCCUGAGCGAUUUAUUUAAUGUCUUAAAACUCAUUAAAAUAGAAAAUUCUGAUAAAAUUUAUUUUAAUAGCUUAUUAAAAAUUUUGCGUCAUUUUGAAAAUCCACAGAAUAAGGAUAUUCUCAUGAAAGAAAAUGUGCACCCCAACGAACCUAUUCCACUCAGUUGGGCCCUCGACCUCACCACCACAUUUUACAAUAAUUAUUUUAAAGAUACGUCUGAUGCAUAA